UUUAGUGGGGUAGGAAAUUUGUUUUGAGGAGCAGUAAAAAUAUCAGUUUUCCACGUGAAAUUCACAAAAUCCCAGAAUUUAAUUUAAAAAAAAAAUGAGCAAUGUUCGGUAAUUGUGGGGAAAGGAAAUUAAUCUUGGUGGAAAGUUAUCUAACACUAAUUCCCGCCUUGGUCUAACAAAUAAUCCUCCCUGCGUCUUUCCUGCUGAAGUAUUAGAUCUGUGAGCUUCCUGGCUUUUCCUCAAUCGUAGAGUUUUCCUCGUAGAAAAGCAAUGAUCCGGUGGUUGUGGUUGUCCAGGAGUGGAAGCAUCAAACACUGAGAAGCGUGAGAAGCCUUCGUGAAGGCUUUGGGGGAGAUAAGAAGAGAUACUUUUCUCACAACACGAGGUCAAAAGGCCGCAUUUAUUUUUGGGCUUCUCUCGCGAAGAUCACUUCAAAGGAACGAAGAUUCUCAGUGAAGCACGAGACGUGGGCCCCAGCACAGCCAUCACAUCUUAAUUGCCUCUCCGCACGGUGUUUUGUUUUAAGAAAGAAAAAAAAUUGAAAACAUGUCGUUAAGAGAUGGUAUCCUGCUGGGCAUGGGGAAUCCCCUUCUGGACAUUUCAGCUGUUGUCGAUGAGGCCUUCCUGAAGAAGUACGAUCUCCUGCCGGACAAUGCCAUCCUCGCGGAAGAGAAGCACAAGCCCAUGUACAACGAAUUAAUAGAAAAAUAUAAUGCCGAAUUUAUUGCCGGUGGUUCCGUACAGAACACCCUAAGAGUAGCCGAGUGGAUCCUGCAGCGUGGCAAUGUGGCUGUGUUCUUUGGCUGUGUCGGCCAGGAUAAGUAUGCGAAGAUUCUCGAGGAACGUGCCCACGCAGCGGGCUUAAAUGUCCAAUUUCAGUACACCAAAGAUGCCCCAACGGGGACAUGUGGUGUCCUCAUUACGGGGCAUCAUCGCUCCCUGUGCGCAAAUCUUGCAGCAGCCAAUCAUUUCACCAUUGAUCACCUGCAGAAGCCGGAGAAUCAGCAGCAUAUGCGAAAUGCUGAUUUCUUCUACGUUUCCGGCUUCUUCCUCACCGUUAGCCCACCGUCGAUUCUUGCUGUAGCCAAUCAUGCCCUCGAAUGCAACAAGAUGUUCCUCUUCAACCUCAGUGCGCCCUUCCUGUCGCAAUUCUUCAAGGAGCCCCUCAUGCAGGUUCUUCCCUACGUGGAUGUUCUCUUUGGCAAUGAAACGGAGGCAGAAACAUUUGCGGAGGAACAGAAUCUCGGGACAUGCGAUGUCCGGGAGAUUGCAAUGCUCAUGGCGGCCCUGCCAAAGGUUAACACGAAACGAUCGCGUGUUGUGAUCAUCACACAGGGCGCCAAGCCGGUGUUGAUUGUGGAAAAGGGGGUGAUGCACGAAUUUCCCGUGACGAAGCUCGAUAUGGCGGAAGUGGUGGACACGAAUGGUGCUGGUGAUGCCUUUGUGGGUGGCUUCCUCAGUCAAUUGGUGCUAAAUAAAUCACUGGAUGUGUGUGUCAAGUGUGGCAUUUGGGCCGCACAGAAGAUUAUCAGGAAUUCCGGAUGUACAUUCGAUGGGAAACCCGAUUUUAGCAUAUAAAAUUAAGCAAUUUAGACUUGAAAAAAAAUCUGAAUUUCUUGCAAAAUUUCUUCUUUUUUGUUGAACUUUUUGGCAUCUUUGAAUUUACUUUGUUUUUUUAUUAUUAAAAGAAGUUAAUAAAAAUGGGUUUGAGAUUACAGGAUAAAA